GUGCCGUCGCUUCGCUUCGGGCUGCGGAAUGCGGAAGCAUACAGCGACUCCCCACGUCGCCACGUCGAACCUGCUGAACGAACGUUUUUGCUAUGGCGUGCUUGUAGGUCCACGUGGAAGCGCUCGCAGGCUUAACAACAAACGUGUUUCGAGCUGCAUCCACAGCAAUGGCAGUGUUUCGACGUGAAACGCCCAACAUUCUCGUCACAGGAACCCCAGGUACAGGCAAAUCAACCUUGGCUUCCGAACUGAGCGAAAGAGCAGGCCUAGAAUGGAUAAACGUGGGCGACGUGGCCAAAGAGAACAACCUCUUCGACGGUUACGAUGCGAAGCUUGAAUGCCCCAUCCUAGACGAGGACGGCGUCAUCGAUGAACUCGAAGAAAAGCUAUCCGAAUCUUCCGGUGGAAAGCUAGUCGACUACCACGGCUGCGAUUUCUUUCCAAAGCGCUGGUUCGACGCAGUCUUCGUGCUCAGGACGGACAACACGCUGCUCUACGACCGUCUGCGGUCUCGCGGGUACAGCGGAAAGAAGCUCGAAGAAAAUAUCCAGUGUGAAAUAUUCCAGUCCUUACUUGACGAAGCCAAAGAAUCGUACGACCCCAACAUCGUCUUCGAGUUACCCAGUAAUACGCCAGACGACAUGGAAGAUAACUUGGAAAAGCUAGCUGUGUGGAUUCAACAGUGGCGGGUCGCUGGUCGGUAGCAAAAGGAUACCUUUUUCUGCAGUGUAAAUGAUUUUUGACGUCGUGUAUGGGAUAACUGCAUGUGUGUUCAUGUAUGUGAAUUUUGGUUUUAGUUCGAAUACAGAACUCAUGAAGCACAUUUGUGUACUGCGUCGCUGCCAAUCCUUGAUGAGUGUUGCAUCAUACACUAUACGUGUGUUUGUUUGCUUUGUCUUUUUUUUUUUUUGCAUGGCAGUAUGUCAAUUCAGCGAUUGCUAACACGACGCCGUGAGUGUGUCGUCAGAACACUCGAACAAGCACUUUAUCUUUUAUCGCAGAACACUUAACAAAUGAAUUGGGUUUGCCCUUGCAUCGCGAGUUCGAUGUGGACGUCUGUUAUGAACAUAACUCGAGGUACAUAGUACUGCUGAUUGCGUGGUGCACAAACUUGAUCAAGUAACACAAAGGGGUUUUCUUCAAGUAAUCCUUGGUGUCUUGUGUGAUCUAAUUUUAAGUACAAAUAAUGUUAUAACUGCAUGCUUUGAAGGACAAAUGGUGACUUCAAGGUGAUGCAACUUCACACCAUCUUAGGCCUUGAGUAAGCUUUGGCACAUGGUCAAAGUCUGCUCUGUAACAGUACUGCCAAGAUCUAGGCCUGUUCGCCCAUAUCUUAACGGUGUUCCUAGGCAGACGAGCUUUCGGAUGUUGUGCAGGCACAAAUGAAUAGUAAUUCUUGAGGGGAUGACAGUUCAAAUAAAUUUUGUCACCUACCA